AUGAUGUUGUCGUUCCUUCUGCUCGCCGUUGUUAUCAUCCAGCUUCACCAGGUUGUCGGACUUACAAUCGCAUCCUACCCCCUUUGGAUAGAGCGGACGCCUCAGCCCUACGCCAUCGAGAACUUCUACAACGGCAGUACGCCUGCAAUUCUCAUAUCAGGUGGUGUCCCCGACAUCCUUUCCAACCAAAGUGUCGACCUCAGCGCCAACGCCGAAACACCAAGUAUCAGACAAUAUGUCGAUCACCGUAACAUCCGCCUUAUCUACGUCAUUUGCGAGGUGUCGUACCGCCUUGUCGCCGAUAGAAGGAAGGGUAUCAACAAACUUGAAGAUCUGAAGGGCAAGAAGAUUGGCAGUUUUCUGGGUUCGAGUGCGGAAGUGUUCGUACACAAUAUGAUGAGUAGUGUUGGUGUGCAGGAUCAUGAGUACGAAGGGGUUAAUGCGUGGUGGUGCAUGAAGACGCCGUGUGCAAACGAUACUCUCCCGUAUCUUCUCAACAACGGAAGCCUGGAUGCGUUCGGUAUUUGGGAAACUUCUGUCGAGCUCGGCGCUAGGGCUUUGGGAGACGACGCGAUCAUCUUCCAAAACGCAUCAAUCUACAGAGAAGUCUACGCGCUUUUCUCUACUACAGAAGCUCUCGACAAUCCCUCGAGGCGCAAGGAUAUUGUAGAGUUUGUGAGGGCGCUUGACAAGACACGGGACGUAUUCACGAAUUCGCCGAAGGAGAAGAAUGUUUUUGAAUAUGUGGCUAAGACUGUUGAUGCAGAUGUGGGGGUUGUGGGGGCUGUUUGGAAACACCAUAACUGUAGUGGACGGUGGGAUGAUGGGAUGAUUGACUUUUUGGUCGAGGAGGAUGGGUAUCUAGCGAAGCAGGAUAACAGGACGAUCACUCCGAGGGAUGAGCUGGAGAAGAUGUUGGACUCAAGUGUUAUCGAUGAGUUGUAG